AGGAGCUGACCAGCUGGAUCCUGCUGAUAGUGUGAAGGUGGUAGGCUGAAGAGACGGUCCAUUUGGUUUCGGCUAGGAAUGGCUGCUCUGAACCAAGGAAAGCUCAGCCCAGAGCCUGAAAGCCCAGUCACUUCCUGGGGACUGAAGAAGGACUGGGACCAGCGAAUAUUUGUGAACCGCAGCCUGGCCCUGGGUAAGAUCAGAUGUUUUGGAUUCGACAUGGACUACACUCUGGCUGUGUACAAAUCUCCUGAUUAUGAGGCACUGGCAUUUGAGCUGCUUCUGGAGAGGCUGGUCUGCAUUGGCUACCCCCAUGAGAUCCUCCACUAUACCUACGACCCUUCCUACCCCACCAGGGGUCUAGUCUUUGAUGUACUCUAUGGCAACCUGUUGAAAGUGGACACCCAUGGGAACGUGUUGCUGGCUACUCAUGGCUUCUCCUUCCUUACUGAGGCUGAAAUCUGGAGUUUGUACCCCAGCAAGUUCAUUCAUCGAGAUGACAUCCAAAGAUUCCACAUUCUCAAUACCCUCUUCAACCUUCCAGAAACAUACCUCUAUGCCUGCCUAGUGGACUUUUUUACCAACUGCUCCAGAUACAUUAACUGCGACACAGGCUACCAGCAUGGGAACCUCUUCAUGUCCUUUCGGAGCCUUUUCCAGGAUGUGUCUGAUGCCAUGGACAACGUCCACCUGUUGGGCUGCCUGAAGGAGAAGACCUUGGAGAAUUUGGAGAAAUAUGUGGAGAAGGACGCUCGCAUUCCUCUCCUACUGGGGAAGAUGAAAGAAGUUGGGAAAGUGUUUCUGGCUACCAAUAGUAACUACAACUACACCAACGCGAUCAUGACCUAUCUGUUUGACUGCGGCCAGGUGGAAGCUUUGGCUCGGCCCUGGCAAUCCUAUUUUGACCUAAUUGUGGUGGACACACAGAAACCACGCUUCUUUGCAGAAGGAACAGUCCUGAGACAGGUCAACACGGACUCAGGGAAGCUACGCAUUGGAACGUACACGGGGCCCCACCAACACUGCGCUGUCUACUCUGGAGGCUCAUCCGAUGUAGUAUGUGAGCUGCUUGGAGUGAGGGGGAAAGACAUCCUGUACAUUGGGGACCACAUCUUUGGCGACAUCCUCAAGUCCAAGAAGCGGCAGGGCUGGCGUACCUUCCUCGUGGUGCCCGAGCUGGCUCGGGAGUUGGCUGUCUGGGCUCAGGAGAAUGAGCUAUUUGAGGAGCUGCAGAAACUGGAGGUGUCUUUGGCUGAGCUGUACCAGCGCAUGGACAGGAGGAGCUGCGGGCUGGAGGACAUCGGCUCCACCAAGAGAGAGAUUCAGAGGGUGAGUCGGGAGAUGGACCUCUGCUAUGGCAAGAUGGGGAGCCUGUUCCGCUGCGGCUUCCGCCAGACCUUGUUUGCCAGCCAGCUGAUGCGCUACGCGGAUCUCUACUCCUCGUCCGUCCUUAACCUGCUGCACUACCCACUGAGCUGCCUGUUCGGGGCUGCGCCAGUGCUGAUGCCGCACGAGUCGGCGGUGGAGCUGGAGAGGGGCCGUGGAGACCCCGUGAAGGGCCACAGGAAUAUGAAAAACGUUCUGCAGGGAUUCAUGGAGGGCCACGAGGGUGAUGAGGUGUGAGACUCCUUGGGGAGGCCUGAACCGUCCUACCAAAACCAUGUCCCAGGAUCCCCUCGCCUGAAGCAUUUUGGGUCUUGUUUUCAGAUCCUGGGAGAGUUUCGAAGGAGGUGGGGAAGAGAAGUCAAAUUAAUUCAGUUUAUUUUAGCAAGCGUUUAUGCAACAUCUUCUGUGUGCCCAUCAGUGUGCUAGACACUGAGAAAGUAAAAAGCAAAACAGAUCCAACCCCAAGAAGUUUAUAUUCUACUGGGGAUGGGGGGUAACGAUUUGUACAAGGAUAAUAAGCCAAUACAAAAUAUAGGUAAAAUAAAUACAGAGUAUUGGGGAGGGGACGCACUCACAACUGGGGGAAUCUCGUCAGAAAGACUCUUGGGCAUGAGCUGAAGGACUAGUUUGUUUCUAUUUCUGGACAUUUAUUUCCUCUAUAAUUGCUGUUAGGAAUGAUAUUAUAUGGUUUGCUAUCUGCUCUUUCUAGAUCAUUAUUAAAGACAUUGGAUGAAACACUCUAACAAUAAUAUUUUUGACUCGAUCAAAUAAAACCAUAAUCAUUUUGAACUUUAGAAUCCUAA